AUGAAGUCGGCUCAGCUCAACCCCAAAAACGCCACGCAGUACGCACGAGAUCUAGGCAACGAUGCGAUGGCCACUAGUAUAUGCAAGUUUGAUGAGAACGAAGAGCCUUCCACAGACAGGACGCAUAGCGGUACCCGGCCGACCGAGGAUGGACUGAAUAAUUCCAAGGACGCUGGGCGAAAGAGGAAAUUGGCAGACGCUCUCUCCGCAGAGGAGUUGCCAAGCUCCAAGCGAGCUUGGCUGGACCCAAAUGAUCAGAAAGAGCCAGAUUCUCCCCCACCUGUUCGCCCAAGUAUGGCGUCACGACUCCCGGCGGAGGCGUGGCAUCACGUCUUUACAUUCACGCCACCACGCACCCUCGGUAACUUGAUGUUGGUGAGCAGGGAAUUCAACAGUUACCUCGACCCGUUGUCUAGAUUCCAGCCUCCACAUGCCUUCGGCUCCUCUACCGCCCACAGUCUGUCAAAGUUGGCUCCUGAUGCCAUAUGGCAAGCAUCAAAGCGUCUGUUCUGGCCGCGGAUGCCGGCGGCUUUGAAAGGCAGAUCAGAACUGGAAAUGUGGCGCCUUUGCUGCUCUCCAGCUUGCCAGUUUUGCGGUGUUCGUGGUAACUUUGCUGCUGGAAAUAAGCCGGGAGGACAGUGGGAGCGAGGACCGGGUCUCCAGGGCAUUUCCCCGGUCUUUCCUUUCUUUAUUGUGUCGUGUGGACGUUGUCUCAGCGCCAAGAGUACUACGGAGAUUGAUCUACUUCUAAACUCAUCCUUGCCAGCCGCCCUGGUCCCCGGGCUGCCAGUGGUGUUUUUAACCCAGGAGAAUCAUGUCGUGCCCCCUCACGUUCUGGCCUCUAUAAGCUUAUCACGUGCCCAACCAAUUAAAUUAUUUUGGAGUGAGCAGAUUGAAAAAAUGAAAUAUGCACUUGAGAAUGCCAAGAGGUCCCGUCCUGCUGCUGCGGAGGAGUGGAUCAAAGGCCUUGAACAGCAGGGCAAAUGCUGUCUGGCCGAUGUUGCCCGAUGGGAAAGAUGGCAUCAUGCUGGAGGCGUGGAGGAGAUGCGAAGGCCGAGCCCUAGAAUUUGCGCGAACGCAGCUACUCACAACCAAAAACCGAGCAUUGGCUGUUGGCCAGAUUCUGGAUGCCUGACAGCAAUGGUAAACAGAUCGAUUGAGAUGAAGGCUGUCAUGAAAGGUGGGCACAAGGAAACUUUGUCUGAUCAUCAUGGCAGUGCCCCCGCCUCAGUGCUCGCAAAUAUAUCAGGCCUCCCAGGUGCCCAAGUCGAGUCGGUGGAUGAGACCUUGACCGAGGGCGUGACAGUACCUGACUUCGUAUCGAAGCCAACAAGCGUGGAAGCGGAGGCCGCACGACGGGCUGAAAUCGAGCGGCGGGCACCUCUCCUACAACCGCCAAUCCCACCGAUGGCUCUCACUCAUAUGCCGGCUUUCCAGGAGGCUCUUGGAUCAGCCACACCGCUGGAUAACGAUGCUUGGCAGGUUCUGGGACGGCAUCUUCUCAAGCAGCGAAAGGAAGCAGACAUGAAAGAAGGAGAAUUUCAAGUCAACUUUCAAUCUGCCGGGGGACUUGUGGCUGACGUGGAUCCUCAUGGCCCUCUGGAGGGCGCCAAAAUAAUGGACGUCGACUGCGAUCAUGCUCAGGAACUGUUACGAGGCCAAAUAUCGAAAUUGGCUGAUGAAAUCAUUCGAAAUGAGUGGUCAUGGUCUGGAUCUACAGUGACCAGGAAGAACGCCCCCAAGUUUGCGGCAGAUGUUCUUCUUUACGUCCGCGAGGAAUUUUACGCGAAAAUUGCAAAGGACGUCAGAACAGCCCAAGGCGCCGGGAAGAAUGUUGUCAUCAAACCAGCAGAACAAACCUGGACCCAGAAGCUUACCUUGGAGAACAUGAGAUGGAUUUUUGAUGCCAAAAUUAGACCCCGCACCGAUCCGGUCCGUAAGGAUGUCUUUCUUUGCAAUGGCUGCGACGGAGUGGCAAAGUUCUACAAAUUCAAUGGCCUGUUGUACCAUUAUGCCUCGAAGCACGCAAAGACGUUGAGCUUGGGCAAAUCCGUUGUGCAUUGGGGGGCGGAAUGGCCAGAGAAGCCCAUCUUUAAAGCUGAUCCACAGCAAUAUGCCUUGGCCCAUACCAAGACGAAGACGAAGACUCUAGAGACUUAUUUUCCUUGCAUCCCGAGACUGCCUCACCCAGAAUCAGCGCAGCCUGGUCCAGAGCAAGGACACCACAGCCGAGAUUUGGGGAUGAGCGUGUCUACAAACUACAGGCAAGACAACCGUCUGCAAGGGUCAUAUGAAGGAGGGCUCUCUUACGAGCAAGAUUAUCCGUCACGCCCACACGUGCCUCAGCACGGGCGCCCCGAACCUCGCUCCGAGCCUUGGAAGAAGACGGUUGUAUCGCAAACUACGGGCCAUGGGCAAAGCUUGGGUAAUAGAAAAUCGGGAAAGACUUGGAGAGCCCUGGCUCAAAAGUCCAAACGCCUAGAUUAUAUUAUCAAGAGAGCGACGCACACUUGGCGAAAAUUAGCAAACGAGAAGAGGCUUCACGGUUCUGUCAAAGUCUGUGCUGUCAUUCACCAUGCAGCAAAAUCUUUUCGGAACAAGUACUCGGAGCCGGCGCCUUUGAAUCUGUUCAUCGAGGCACUUGAAACUCACAAAGCCCUUGGUCAACUGAGCGCCGUCACUGGUCUGUCAUGCAAGGCUUGUAAACUGGAUCCUGCUUCGGGUCUUCAGUCCAAGACCUACACGCUGGUCAAUCUGUCGAGGCAUUUCGACUGGAAGCACAGCGACCAUGCGGCCCCGUCCAUGGACAAACCAUUCGACUGGCGCGCGGACAUGAUUUGGCUUUCUGAAGUAUCAGACCCCAUGACGUUGCGGAGCGUAGUAGGCGACGAUAAAGACCUUCUCGACGUGGUUUCGGAUGCGCUGCCGUCGGCGUUUGAGGCUCUUGGAUGUGGCCGGGAGCAGGAGGCUGAACGGAGCGGCCGCGGACACGAAACUGCCCGUCGAGCACCAGACCCGGACCGGCACCAGUCGUCAACCAUGGCCAGCACUGUGCGUCGGGCUGCCCCUCGUCUCGAAGUCGAUGGGCUUGAAAUCAUCGAGCAGCCCGCUGCGUGGCCGGGGCACCGCAUGCAUGGUGAUGGUGAACCUCGAACCAUGCAGUCGCAGCCCGGAACUCUGCCGCCAGCAUCCUCGGGACAAGACGAACGCCGCAACAACGGUGUCCAGCAACAAGGAUACGCAAAGCGUACCCGAACCGACCCUGGCAUGAGCAGCCGCCACAACACCCACUGGGACAAUGGCUACCGACACGACCGCAGUCACGAGCCCAGGCCGGUGCCGGCUCACCACGCACCAAACCCCCGUUACGAAAGCCGCGCGGCCGAACCGUACGAAACAGUAAACGUACCAGACCACCACGGCGGUUACCUCGUCUGA